GGACGGACAGACGGGGGUGGGGGGGUCAGAGAAAGAGGGAGGCCAAGGGGAAGGGAGAGAGGGGGGAAAAUGGGCGGUUAUGAAAGCGUUCCCCCGUGGACUGUGAGCGAUCCUGGCCUGACCACUCCAUCCGAGCUGUGCCGGCCUACGUGUGGCGUGACUGACAUGGGCAGAAUAAAGUCGCCAGGCCAGUGGAUCCUCUCAGGUCUGAAUGGACUUGGCUGCAAAGCAAACCAGCACAGUUGGAUCCAAACUAUUGUAUUGUAGCACUCGGUUCACUUUCAGGGACAGCAAUCUACAGACAUUAGGAAGGCAAAGGGAGAUCAUCUGCAAAACCUUCACAGCAUCAGAUUGGAUUGCUGAGGUCAUCUUUAUCAGUGUCCUUAAGAUUUUUGAAAUGUGUCAAAUUCUCACAGCUUGCCUCUCCAAGUUGUAUGGGGUAUAUAUAAAGGAGGUCUGAGACUUUCUGACCUAGACUGCACCCAAUGUGGAUCUCCUGUUAGUCAGCUGAUCUACGUGCCAUUGACAUCUGCCUGAUGAGCGUUUGUUUUGCACGAUUCUACAUGUAAAGUCAGACUGUGCUUGGUUCACCAGGUAUCAUUACUGCCGCGUUUUGAGACUAUACAGAAUGAGAGCUGCUGCCUUUCUGUUGGCACAGCUGCUCUGCCUCUCUGGGACAUGGGCUCAGGCAGGAAGUGGAGGGGGCCAAGACAGUCUGAUGGAGAGUCAAGAAAAGGACGCUAAGGAGACCACCACAAAGCAGACGAUCGGCCCAACUACCACCAACCCAGAGAUCUGGGCUGAGCUGAGGAUGUUGAGCGACAUGGUGGUGAAACAGAUAGUGGAGCUGACGGUCACCAAGUCCAAGCUGAGGUACAUGGAGGCCAGACUGAAGGACAGUGAGGACCUAGUGGAUGACAUGAAGAUUGAUCUGGUCCUCACUGAAAGAACCGUGGAGGAUUUGGACAAAGAGAAUGCAGCCUUGGAGGUCCGGCUGAGUGCCAGUGAGAAACGAGUGGAGGAACUGAAGAGAGAGAACGCCGAUAAACCAAAAGUGGCGUUUUCUGCUGGUUUGACCGAUUCUGGAUUUUUAGGAGGCUUUAAUAGUGAUCGGAGACUGAUCUACACUAGAGUCCUCACCAACACCGGCUUGGCCUACGACCCAACCACAGGCAUCUUCACCGCCCCAGUCGCCGGGGUCUACUACUUCAGGUUCACGGCCAGUGACAACCGCAGCGGGAUGUUCCUGGCUAUACGUCUUGACCGGGACGGCAAGAAAGUCGUGUGGAACGAGGAGCAUAACAACGGCGAAGGCCACACCUACAUCUCUAACGGCGUGGUCCUGGAGCUGGAGGAGGGGGGGACGGUCACCAUGCAUCUCCCACGGGGCAGGGGGAUUUUCGACAACAGAGACAACCACAGUAUCUUCAGCGGGUUUCUACUCUUCCCUUUAUAAAGGGGAACACUACUCUGUGCUACUGUUAUUCCUGUUGGCGUAAGAAACUCUGGAAACGAAGCCCAGAAAUGUUCCCCUGUAACUAAUACAUUUCCAUUUGCAUUAAAAUUCUUUUACUUUUACCAUGCUCUCAUGUGAUCCCCAAAGCAUUAUUCUGUUAUUAUCGUGAUAACUCCUCGGCGCCCCAUUAAUCACAAUAAUGUUUAGAACAAUUGUUUUAGGACGAUGGCCAACCGGACAUUCUACCUAAUGCAUCCUCAAUAAUUUAUCAUAACGACAUGAUUGAAUCAUUAUGCCCAUGACACCCCACGCUGUUGGCUGAGAGCAGCUGCUCAAACCCCCCUCUAUCUAGUAACA